AAGGAUUUCCUUGUUGUUUAAUUGAAGAAAUUGCGUAUUUCCAUCUCAAUUUAUAACAGAGUGAAGAAAAAUCUGUAAGAAAUUGGCUUAACUAAGAACAUUGAACCUUCCAAAGUUGCUACAAAUUGCUAUCCUACGAGUUGACUAUUUCCACCCAAAACGCUGUGAUUUUCUUGAACCCAAAGAGGCAUGCUGUAUUCGUCGGAGAUCAUCUCCACUUUACUCUUUGAGUCGACCAACGUUUCGGUCUACCGAAUUCCGCCGGGCCCGUUGCUGCUAUCAAAAUGGAACUUGAAGGAACUGAAUGUAAUAUGGACUGGUAGCCUCCGGCUUGUAGAACAAGAGAUGAUACGUGACAAUGUGGACUUGUUUGCACUGUUUCCAGAGUCGCAGGCGAAAGAAGGAAAUGAAAAUAAAGCCAACCUUAAAAUGCCGAAUAAGCCAUAUGAAUGUCUCAGAGCUAAACUUGAACUAUAUAAUACAGUCUACGUUCCACCUGGAGUAGGCUCGCUCAUCACUACCAAAAAAGACGUCGUGUGGGCAGAGGUCUGGUACAAUCCAAUACCGGAGUUGGUUCUGGCAGAAUCGUCUAUAGAAGAGUAUUUCAAGAUAGCCAACGAUGGCGAGGAAACCAUUCAGAUGACUACGGAAUCAGCCAAGUUCUACAAAAUUAUAGCCCAGAUUCCUGGAUCGGGUUACCAUCCGCUUUGUGAGUUGGAAAACAUUUCCAGCACCAAAGACGAUAAGGAGUUGCUUGUUCAAGUUGCCUUGGGACUCAAGUUUGAAGAGACUUUUGAUACCAUUACCUUCAGUGAAAGUUUGAACAUCUAUAAGCGCCGAUUUAGAAACUUCGAGGACCAAUACCACUAUGAGCUCAAGGUUCUUGAAUUGGAACAGCUGCUGUCGAAUAUCACAUUGACAGAUAACACUAAGUUGACGAUGAUGACGAUGACGAUGACUUUGGCGACUUUGUGA